AUGGAGCUGGAGCGGCUGGAAGAGCGUGUCGAGGAUCACCAAGUGAAGGAGGAAACUGAGCUUUUGGCGCUAGAGACGAGUGUGCUGGUGAAGACGACCGAGCUCGAGGAGAAGGAACAAGAGUUGGCGUCGAGGCGUGCAGAGCUGAAGGCUUACACGACGGAGAGGCUCGAGGCCCUUGCGAGCCGAUAUGCGGAGGAAAUGGCAGCGCAGGCCGCAGAGGUGCGCAGCCUCGAUGGAGCGCGUUUUGAAAAGCAGCUGCAACAGGUAUGCGACAUGGGGCUGGCCGCGGAUCAGGCGGUGCGCGAAUUGCGAGAGCAAGCGGCACUCGUGCUCGAGAUGCAACCUUACAGCGAAGCUGGUGUGCGUCUUGCCCUUUUCAGUCACGUUACCAACACUGUAGUACCGGCAACAGGUGAUGCAAGCUCGUCCAGCUCUACAGCUGGUGCUGCCCCCGACGCUGUUGGCUCCCCGUCGGCUGAGUUGUCCACCACACAACUAGAGAGCACCUUGCGCCAGGCAGUGAUGGUACUACGCGGCUACUGCGACAAACGCCUGCGCCACGCGCGCGACAGCCUUGUCGACUACCUACACACCAGCACGCUUGACGCGGCACACUCUGUCCGGCGAGGGCGAGAGCAGGCGUGGAUGCAGGACGCGGAGCUGCACAAGCAAUUCUUCAACCGCUACAUGGUGGACAUGAUGCAGCGGUAUAUGAUCUUUUACAAGGAGCGGGCGCUUCUCAAACAGGACAACGUUGCAGCUUUGCAGGCGGAUGUGCGUCGGAUGGCCGCGGAACUGCGAAGCCACACCGCAGAGCGACUGCAGCAGCUCCUGAGGGAUGUGACGGCGAAGAUGACGCUCUCCACACAGCACCACACGCAGGCAGCCGAGGAGGCUUACGCACUUCUUCAGAAAAAGGCGCACACCGUCGUCGAGGGAGACAUAGCGAUGGAUGACGCACAACACCGGGAGCUGGAGAGUCGCCUGCUUGCGGAGGCCGACGCACGCCGUCGGCGUCACCACGCUGAGGUGGAAUCACUGACAGAGCAGCUACAGCGACUGCGCCGCUCCGGUGAGGCAGUCAACCGCAACUCCUUUCAAGCACUCCAUGAUGCCGCCGUCGCGACCAGCAGCCAGCAUGCCCAGCCGCUCAGGGAGGAGGUGCUGGCGCUGAAGGCGCGUUUGGUGGAACGUCUCCGUGGCGGUGCGUCAGGGAUGGCUAGCGCUUUUAGUGUAGCUCGCAUGCACGCCGAAGAGCUUGCGCACGUUUUACGCAGCGCCGUGGCGGACGAGGCCGCGCGCCAGCAGGCUGCGUCCCUCCUCCGCCAGCAGUGCGACGAGCUUCGGCGUGGUUUGACAACUUCUCUAUGCACGGAGGUUGUGGAGCGGCUACAGCAGACGCGUUGCGUACAGCACGCACACCAGGCCCGCAUCGACGCCUUGGCGAAGACAUGGGAGGCGGCGCACCGCCAGAACCUUGCUGCGGCGUGCUCACUAAUUCUUCCUGUUUCCAGCAGCACUCCUGGCACCGCGGAUGCCCAGUACGUGUCAGACACCUACGCCGCACCCCAGGAUGUCGUCUCCACUGCCUUACUGGAUGUGCUGCAGAACAGGCUACGUGCCCGUGACGACACUCGACGCUCUCUACUUGCGUCUCGGCGGCAGUGCACUUCCGCAUAUCUCCGCAAGCUGGAGGAGAUGCGGGACGAGCAGGCAGCACUGCAGGACAGGUGCGCUGCGCUGUGGUCAGCGGGGCAGACGCAAGUGGCCCAGCAGCGUAUCACUCAGGAGGUGGAGGUGGAGGUGGAAAAGGGGCUCAUCACGGUGGCGGCUGAGCAGCGAGUGGUCGAUCGGGACCGCCAUGCAGUGGAGCGGAAGUGUCGCCGAACCGCGGAGAUGACGUCCCGUCUACGCCACGAGGCGCCGCAGCAUCUUCUGUGCGGCUCAUUUCCCCCACUGCUGCAAGAGGUGGUGACUACCCAUCCGGUGCGCACACAACCACUGACCACCGUUGACAUUAACGCCAUGCCCAAGCCGUCGAACAGCACCAACACCUUCACCACCGUGCAUGCCUCUAACAACGCAACCACGAUGACCAAGAAGAACUCUGCGGAAGCGCCUCCCUCGCCCUCAUCGUUCUCGCCUUCUCCAGCAUCAGAGGCGUUUCAGGCGAAACGUAGAGUGGAGGUGGCGGCGCCAGGCCAGAAGAUGUGUCGUACUCCCAGCACCGCUGAAGCUAGCCAUGACACUGACACACAGCCGUGGUCCUCUGUACUGCUGCGAGCAGAGCAACGACUUCCGCAAGCCGGCACUAGGGAGGGUAGUGACGUGUUGUCUACUGUACAAGGGUCACAGCAGGGGCCCCCACAGUCUGACAGUGCACCUAUAGCGCAUCACGGUGUGCAUAAUGAGGGUGCCGCGAAGGUGUUGGCUUCCUUGAAAGGAGCGCAGGAAGUGGACUCGACAAGGGUGUAUUGUCGUCUCACAGACACGACCGUUGAGGCUGAGGGCGCCACGUCCACUCGUGGCGUGGAUCCUCGCGACUUCCGGUCGCCGAGAGACACUGCAGACGAGAAGCAGCGGAUUGGAUCAUCGUCUCUUGAUGCCUCGCUUCCACCUGUGUCGAGUAUGUGGGCGGCGGACUCGGACACAGACCCCGUUCCUCGCACUUAUGCGAUGACAUCACCGGCAGCGCUUCCAGCGCAGCGGCAGUGGCAGCAGCGUCUACACGCCCAUCAUCCUCCGCGCGACCUGACCCUAUCACAGACGACGUGGUCCACGCUGGAGGAGUACCUCAGCAGCAGUGCUGAUGCUCCCAAUCGGGCUGUGACGAACCGGGACGUGGAGGAUACAUCCACCGCCAACUUUAUAGCGACAGGGAGCCUGGACGACUUGAGCAACUUCAUCGCCUUACUGUCCUGUGCCAACUCCCCUGCCUCUUCUUCUGUCGCCCAGUAG